CAUUCUAUCAUUAGACACCAUGACAUUUAAGGUAAUUGCGCUCGCCACCCUUGUGGCCGUUGCCCUUGCCCGUCCUCAGAACACGCCGGCCUAUGGCUAUGGCGCCACAACGCCCUCUUCAGCACCUGCCAAGUAUGACUUCAAUUACGCCGUCAACGACCCACCAUCUGGCAACGACUUCGGUCAUCAGGAGGCCCGAGAUGGCCCUAACACUCAGGGUUCUUAUUUCGUCCUCCUGCCCGACGGUCGUCUUCAGAGGGUCACCUACAAUGUGAACGGAAAUUCUGGCUACGUGGCCGAGGUCUCCUACGAAGGUGAGCCCUCUACGCAACGUCCUUAUACACCCGCUCCUCAGUAUGGGUAGAUACAUAUAAUCUACGAUAUAUUGUUUAAUAAAGCAGCACAUCGAU